AAUUUGAGAAACAGGAAAGUGCUUUUGAUGACAGUUCGAUUGGAGCUGCACAUAGUGAUACGGCUACUCAGCAGAUCAAGAUCGAGAAGCAGGAGGAUGAAUUUGGAGAAUGUGAAUUUUGCAACUAGCAACGUCGAAGAUGAGUCAUCCUCGCACAAUGGUUCAACUUCUAAUCAGAUGGCGAGAGUUAAGCAGAAGAAUGAUAGCCAAGAACCAGCGCCAGAGUGCAGCACUGCAUGCUCUCCAACUGAUGAUGAUUUCAGCCAACAACAUUAUCUAAUCCCUGGCUAUAAUCUAAUAUUCAUCAAAGAGGAAGAAUAUGGUGAGAUUCGUGUUAUUAUUUCAUUCAUUUUUAUUCAUCAAUGAUAAUAACACAUAACAGGAAAUGAAGGAACUAGUAGUUCUGUGAACAGUAGACCUCGCGCAGUUAUAAACCGCAGCCUCCUCUUAUACUGUCCAUCAGAGUAAAUCCUGUCUGUAUGUCGUGUCGGCGAGAUAUCGGUGUGAAAACGGCUAAUGGCUGUUCGGGUUGGUGAAUCAAAAAUGCCAACAUAAAAUCUAAUCUCCUUUC